AUGGCUCCAGACAAAGCAUGGGCGGGUGAGGCCUCGAUCAAGGGCUCUUCCGAGGCCAUGCGAAUGGCAUAUCUGACCGCCUCUCUCGUUGGGAUCCAAUUUACCUGGGGAAUCGAGAUGACUUACUGCACGCCUUACCUCCUCCAGCUCGGCCUCACGAAGAGCAAGGUGUCGUUAGUGUGGAUUGCCGGGCCCCUUUCUGGACUCUUGAUGCAACCGCUGGUGGGCAUUAUCGCGGACAGGAGCAAAUCUAAAUGGGGCCGAAGAAGACCAUUCAUGGUCGUAGGCGCCGUCAUCGUGGCUUUUGCGCUACUUAUGCUGGGAUGGACUUCUGAGAUUGUCGCAUACUUCGUUGCCGAUAGUGAGUUGAAGAAGAACGUGACCAUCACAUCGGCUGUUUUAUGCAUCUAUGUUAUCGACUUUGCAAUCAAUGCUGUACAAGCCUCAUGUAGGAGCCUCAUUGUCGAUACGCUGCCCACUGCCAAGCAACAACUUGGGUCUGCCUGGGCAAGUCGUAUGGUUGCCAUCGGGCAUCUCAUAGGGUACGGUGCUGGUGCUGUGGACCUUGGAGCCAUAUUCGGCACUGCACUAGGAGACACGCAAUUCAAGCAACUCACGGUUGUUUCAGCCUUGGCCCUGCUGGUCUUUGUUGGCAUAACCUCCUGUGCCGUUGAAGAAAGAGUUCUUUUGUCUGAUGGCAAAGACUCCGGAGAGACCGGAGCAAUCCAGAUAUUCACGCAGAUAUUGAAGACCACGACCAAUCUCCCGAAGUCUAUUUCGGCAAUCUGCUGGGCGCAGUUCUGGGCAUGGAUCGGAUGGUUUCCGUUCUUAUUCUACAGCACGACCUGGGUUGGAGAAAUUUACCUCAGGUAUGAUGCGCCGGCCGAGGCAAAGGCGUCAAAGGACACGCUUGGGCAGAUCGGACGCAUCGGCAGCCUGUCGUUGAUCGUCUUCUCGACCAUCACCCUUGUCGCUAGUGUCGUGCUGCCAUGGGUUGUCAAAUCGCCUGAAGAUGAGAAACCCGACUUUACUCCACGUCCUCCCGCCGGGCUGGCACCCGCCAUAAAGCAGGCUGAGAAAUACAAGCCGACGCUGCUAACGGCCUGGAUGGUGUCACAUAUUAUGUUUACCUGCACGAUGAUUCUGGCGCCGAUGGCUCACUCGUUCCGCGCUGCCACGACCAUCGUGGCAUUUUGCGGGCUUCCGUGGGCGGUGGCCAGCUGGGCGCCAUUCGCCUUCAUGGGCGUGGAGAUCAACCGGCUGGGGGCAUCGGCGGGCUACAGGCGCUUAUCGAACAGUGCCAUUGAGAUGCACGCCACUGGGCACGAGGGGUCGCACGGCUCCAGCGGCGAGCUUUCCGGAGUAUAUUUGGGCAUCUUGAAUCUGUUCACGACGCUGCCACAGUUUGUGGGCACGUUCAUCUCGUGGGUCGUGUUCUCAAUCCUUGAGCCUGGAAAAAGUCCAGAACUGGCCAAGGAGGCACAUCCGUCGGAGCAUCACUCAACAGACGGCCCGAACGCAAUUGCGGUCUGUUUGUUCAUCGGCGCACUUUCUGCAGCGGGGGCAGCGUACGCGACGAGCCGGUUGAGGUACGUGGGUUAG